GGCGCUGCGGUCGAGGGAGAAGCAUCGUUUCAGCGACACAGCGGAGCCCUAAAUUAUGCAUGUAGCGCCUGUCGAGGUCGUUCACACGGAAUUAUGUGGCCAUUUUGGCUGCGUUCUGCGCGGUAGGUGAGCGCGGCGCUCGUUCGGACGCUCGGCGGGACGCGGAAGACCGAAGGAAGAGCAUCCUCUCUCGGCGCGCUGCCCGGCGGUGGCGGCGCGGAGACUCAGACUGUGUGAGUCGGUGAUGCUGCGGUAGGACUAGGAGCCGGGCGGACCAGCAGUUGCAAGUUGUAUUGUGUAUGAAGUCGCGCUGCCAUGACGACCCAAGUGACACUAGAAGAUGCCCUGUCCAACGUGGACCUGCUGGAGGAGCUGCCGCUCCCAGACCAGCAACCAUGCAUCGAACCCCCACCCUCCUCCAUCAUGUACCAGGCCAACUUUGACACCAACUUCGAGGACAGGAAUGCGUUCGUUACGGGCAUCGCGCGCUACAUCGAGCAGGCCACCGUCCACUCCAGCAUGAAUGAGAUGCUUGAAGAGGGACAUGAAUAUGCUGUCAUGCUGUACACCUGGAGGAGCUGUUCCAGAGCCAUCCCUCAGGUAAAAUGCAACGAGCAGCCCAACAGAGUGGAGAUAUACGAGAAGACAGUGGAGGUGUUGGAGCCUGAGGUCACCAAGCUCAUGAAGUUCAUGUACUUUCAGCGGAAGGCCAUUGAGCGUUUCUGCAGCGAGGUCAAGCGCUUGUGCCACGCUGAGCGCAGGAAGGACUUCGUUUCGGAGGCAUAUCUGCUCACCCUCGGCAAGUUCAUCAAUAUGUUCGCGGUCCUGGACGAGCUGAAGAACAUGAAGUGCAGCGUUAAGAACGACCACUCCACGUACAAGAGGGCGGCUCAGUUUCUGAGGAAGAUGGCUGAUCCGCAGUCGAUCCAGGAAUCUCAGAACCUCUCCAUGUUCCUGGCGAAUCACAACAGGAUCACGCAGUGUCUUCAUCAGCAGCUGGAGGUGAUCCCAGGGUACGAGGAGCUUUUGGCGGACAUCAUCAACAUCAGCGUGGACUACUAUGAGAAUAAGAUGUACCUCACCCCCAGCGAGAAACACAUGCUGCUGAAGGUGAUGGGCUUCGGCCUCUAUCUGAUGGACGGGAAUGUCAGCAACAUAUAUAAACUGGAUGCCAAGAAGCGGAUAAACCUCAGCAAGAUCGAUAAGUUCUUCAAGCAGCUGCAGGUCGUACCCCUGUUUGGGGACAUGCAGAUCGAACUGUCGCGUUACAUCGAGACCAGCGCCCACUACGAGGAGAACAAGUCCAAGUGGACCUGCACUCAGAGCAGCGUCAGCCCCCAGUACAACCUGUGCGAGCAGAUGGUGCAGAUCCGGGACGACCAUAUCCGCUUCAUCUCGGAGUUGGCCCGCUACAGCAACAGCGAGGUGGUCACCGGCUCCGGCCUGGACAGCCAGAAGUCGGACGAGGAGUACCGCGAGCUCUUCGACUUGGCGCUCAGAGGCCUGCAGCUGCUGUCCAAGUGGAGCACUCACGUCAUGGAGGUGUACUCUUGGAAGCUGGUCCACCCGACAGACAAGUUCUGUAACAAGGACUGUCCCGGCACCGCCGAGGAGUACGAGCGAGCCACUCGCUACAACUACACCAGCGAGGAGAAGUUUGCCCUGGUGGAGGUCAUCGCCAUGAUCAAGGGCCUGCAGGUUCUCAUGGGCCGCAUGGAGAGCGUUUUCAACCAGGCGGUCCGGAACACCAUCUACGCCGCGCUGCAGGACUUUGCGCAGGUAACCCUGAGGGAACCGCUGCGGCAGGCUGUGCGCAAGAAGAAGAACGUCCUCAUCAGUGUUCUUCAGGCCAUCCGGAAAACAAUUUGCGAUUGGGAAGGGGGCAGGGAGCCACCCAACGACCCCUGUCUACGAGGCGAGAAGGACCCCAAGGGUGGCUUUGACAUAAAAGUACCUCGUCGCUCCGUGGGACCCUCCAGCACGCAGCUGUACAUGGUGCGCACCAUGCUGGAGUCUCUGAUCGCCGACAAGAGCGGCUCCAAGAAGACGCUGCGCAGCUGCUUGGACGGCCCCAUCGUCAUGGCCAUCGAGGACUUCCACAAGCAGUCCUUCUUCUUCACACACCUUCUCAACUUCAGCGAGACGCUGCAGCAGUGCUGCGACCUGUCCCAGCUGUGGUUCCGCGAGUUUUUCCUGGAGCUCACCAUGGGACGCCGGAUCCAGUUCCCCAUCGAGAUGUCCAUGCCGUGGAUCCUCACCGACCACAUCCUGGAGACCAAGGAACCCUCCAUGAUGGAGUACGUUUUGUAUCCGCUGGACCUGUAUAACGACAGCGGCUACUACGCUUUAACGAAGUUCAAGAAGCAAUUCCUGUAUGAUGAAAUUGAGGCAGAGGUUAAUCUCUGUUUCGACCAAUUUGUCUACAAGUUAUCAGAUCAAAUAUUUGCUUAUUACAAAGCAAUGGCUGGAAGUGUCCUACUGGACAAACGUUUUAGGGCCGAGUGCAAAAACGAUGGCGUGAUCAUCCCGUAUCCACCCUCCAACCGCUACGAGACACUGCUGAAGCAGAGGCAUGUCCAGCUCCUGGGACGUUCCAUUGACCUGAACCGCCUCAUCACUCAGAGAAUCUCGGCUGCCAUGUACAAGUCCCUGGACCAGGCCAUUAGUCGUUUUGAGAGCGAGGACCUCACGUCCAUUGUGGAGUUGGAAUGGCUGAUAGAAGUGAAUCGGCUGACGCACCGGUUGCUGUCAAAGCACAUGACCCUGGACAGCUUUGACGCCAUGUUCCGGGAGGCCAACCACAACGUCUCGGCUCCCUACGGCCGCAUCACCCUGCACGUUUUUUGGGAGCUGAACUUUGACUUUUUGCCAAACUACUGCUACAACGGAUCCACCAAUCGAUUCGUGCGCACGGCGAUUCCCUUCACCCAGGAGCCCCAGAGGGACAAACCAGCCAACGUCCAGCCGUACUACUUGUAUGGAUCCAAGCCGCUGAACAUCGCCUACUCCCACAUCUACAGCUCCUACCGGAACUUUGUGGGGCCGCCCCACUUCAAGACCAUUUGUCGUCUCCUAGGCUACCAGGGUAUUGCCGUAGUAAUGGAGGAGCUGCUCAAGAUUGUUAAAAGCUUGCUUCAGGGCACCAUUCUGCAGUAUGUGAAGACCCUGAUUGAGGUCAUGCCGAAGAUCUGUCGGCUGCCAAGGCACGAGUACGGAUCUCCAGGCAUCCUGGAGUUCUUCCACCACCAGCUGAAGGACAUCAUCGAAUACGCCGAGUUGAAGACGGAUGUCUUUCAGAGCCUGAGGGAGGUCGGCAACGCCAUCCUCUUCUGCCUGCUCAUUGAGCAAGCCCUGUCGCAGGAAGAAGUGUGUGAUUUGCUUCACGCGGCUCCUUUCCAAAACAUUCUCCCGAGAGUUUACAUUAAAGAGGGGGAACGUCUCGAUGUAAGGAUGAAAAGGCUCGAGGCAAAAUAUGCCCCACUUCACCUGGUUCCUCUGAUAGAAAGGUUAGGGACGCCGCAGCAAAUCUCCAUCGCCCGCGAGGGGGACCUGCUGACCAAGGAGCGCCUCUGCUGCGGCCUGUCCAUGUUCGAGGUGAUCCUGACGCGCAUCCGCAGCUACCUGCAGGACCCGGUGUGGCGCGGGCCGCCGCCCACCAACGGCGUCAUGCACGUGGACGAGUGCAUGGAGUUCCACCGGCUGUGGAGCGCCAUGCAGUUUGUCUACUGCAUUCCGGUGGGCACCAAUGAGUUCACCGCAGAGCAGUGCUUCGGAGACGGGCUGAACUGGGCCGGCUGCGCCAUCGUCAUUCUGCUCGGUCAGCAACGCCGCUUUGACCUCUUUGACUUUUGCUACCAUCUGCUGAAAGUGCAAAGACAGGAUGGCAAGGAUGAGAUCAUUAAGAAUGUGCCCUUGAAGAAAAUGGCAGACCGGAUCAGAAAGUAUCAAAUCCUGAACAAUGAGAUUUUCGCCAUACUCAACAAGUACAUGAAGGCGGUUGAAACGGACAGCUCCACCGUAGAACACAUUCGCUGUUUCCAGCCGCCCAUCCACCAGUCCCUGGCCACGACCUGUUGAGAAAAGCCUCGUGUGAUACCCAACGCCCUGUCAAUCUUCCCUCCCACAGGUGCAGCUCAUGAACCCAGCAUAGUAAAAACAGGGUGUGAGGUUAAGUAUGCACCGCAUCCAGUGUAAUUGGAAUGAUCUCAUGCUUCUGAAUAAUUUUUUUUUUUUUUUUGUGCUGUGCAACCGGGGUCUUUCAGGGAUCCAGUUUAACGUUUCGCUGCUGUGCAAUCCUCUUCAAGUCUCAAACGAUUAUCCCUCGACCAUCCAGGCGUUAAAAAUAAUUCUCAGCAGCUUCCAAGUGGCAGCCUGCGUUGAAGCCGUGCCCAGAUUCCUUUGGACUGACAGAUUCGUGUGAAAGGAUGUUCGUACCUUAGAACAACAGCCGUCCUCUGUGCGCUGAGGCUCUCGGUUCCCCUCUACAGCAUCUGCGCUGCCCUGGGUGCCGGGGGGGAGGUGGGAGGCGCUGGGAGGAAACGCGGAAGUUCCUCAUCUGUCUGUUUCAAAAUUUACAUGACCACAGCAUUGGGAAUUAAUACGGUACUGAUGUAAAAUGUGUGCCAUUGAGUAGUGAGUGUUUCCAUCCUGUAAAUAUACUCAUUUGCGGAUUUGUGGAUCAAAAGACCAGUUAAGUACAAACUGGAACUGGAAGAUAAUCCAAAAAAAGAAGAAAAAAAAACAACCUUUUGUCAAUGCAAAAUUAGUUACAUGUAGUAUUUUUGUUUUGUGUAUUAUGUAUAAAUGCACUCGAUGUUCGACAAAGUGGUGUGACAAUGUGAGAAAGCAGGUUUCCCCUCUUUCAAGGUGUUUACAGUCUUGUAAUGGUUCCAUUUUAUUUAUAAAUAUUUAUUGAACCCAACCACUAUCUACUCAACCAGUUACAUGUAAUGUGCAUCAAACUACACACGCAGUGCAACAAAUUACAGCCUCAUGCGUGUGUUAAACGCCGCCCUUUUUAACACCAUCAUAACAUAAAUCUAAACUUUCAUGAGAAUUUGGUACGUUACGUUUGCUUUCUAACGGAUGAUGACAGCUGUCAUAAACUGAUAUGGCCUCUUACAAAAUGUAUUGAGAUAAUGAAAGGGUUAUAAUUCAUAUUUAAACAUCAAUUAGUAAUAUAAUUAAAGGGCAUUUGGUCACAUCUCCUUUUCAACAGCAAUUAAUUACUCCUUGCUUGUAGAUUUCUUUUAAAUUUGGCUGACCCAUAUGCUUACAACAUUUGGGAAUUGUGCUUCUUAAAAUGAAAUCUCUAGUUUUUACUAUAGAAAUGUGACUGAAUCACAUUCAAAUUAAUUAUACCAUUUAAUGUGUUAAUGGUGACAGAUAAAAUAUAAAUACAUAAACACACACAAUUCACUUUUUUAUAUAGCAUUCUUCCAAAAGUUAUGUUCUGAUCAUUUUAAAAAAAAUUAGUGCCAAAAGCCCUGGGAAAGAAUUUAUCACUGAAAUUCAUUAUUUACAUCAUGUGUUUUUACUGUCCAGCAGGUGUAUUUUAUUAAUUCAUUUAUUUCUUGCAGGUUCUAGUAAAAAAUAAUAUACCAUAAACAUCUCUAUUCCAACAGUGUUUCAAAAGGUCAUGUAAAUUAUUUCAAGGCUUUAUUUGAAGUAACAAAAUGCUUUUUUAUAAGUAGUCUAAAAAUGCAUGCCGCUGUGAAAAUCUGGUCUAUAGAAUGUGUAUCCACUCUGCUUUGUUUUAGAUGUUUAGCUUUGUAAGAGCACAAAAUGCUUCUCUUCUUUAUUUUUGACUAAAGUUGUUUUUGAUGUUCUCUGAAGUGUAUUGGUUAAUAAAUAAUUUAUAGCAACAAAAAUGAUUAACAUGUUAUUUAAAUAAGGAAAUCAAGAGUUACCGUGAA